CGCGUGAAUCGUGCCGUCUCGCUCGCGCACCGCACCGAUGUGCUUCCGCAACUAACGCCAUCGUUGGAGCGAUCUUCUUUUGUCCGUGACCAUUUUGAUCACACAUGUGAGUAGCGACAUUCUGCCGGAGUGCGUACCGGAAAACGUAAGCAAGAUCUUUUACAGAUCCGUCAGAUUAACCGUGCAUAUACAACAGCAUUGUUUGUAUAUCCAGUCAUCUGGAGGAACGGAGGAUCUCUGCCUACAACAACCCACCCCGUCGUCAUCGUCCCUGGGAGGAUAGUGCCGCGGCAGCAGCAAUCGGAAGAACUCUGCUUCGUUUUUAGCGCCAACCCCCCCGUUGUGCUCUUUUUUCUCUCUCUCUCUGUGUGCGAGCGUUUGAUCGUUCCCCCCAAAAACCCCAAUCAAUCAAAAUGACUGAAAUGGAGGACACUCACUUCGAAACCGCCGACUCCGGCGCGUCCCAGACGUUCCCGAUGCAGUGUUCCGCGCUGCGCAAAAAUGGUCACGUGAUGCUGAAGGGACGGCCCUGCAAGAUUGUGGAAAUGUCCACUUCCAAGACUGGCAAGCACGGUCACGCCAAGGUCCACAUGGUCGGAAUCGACAUCUUCACCGGCAAGAAGUAUGAAGAUAUCUGCCCGUCAACACACAACAUGGACGUCCCGAAUGUAAAGCGCGAGGACUACCAGCUGACCGACAUUGACGAUGGCUUCCUGGUGCUGAUGAGCGACAACGGCGACCUGCGUGAAGAUCUGAAGAUCCCGGACGGUGAAUUGGGUACCCAGCUGCGCUCGGAAUUCGAUUCCGGCAAAGAGAUUGUCUGCACUGUCUUGAAAUCAUGUGGCGAAGAGACUGUGAUUGCCAUUAAAAACAACACCUCAGGUGAUAAAAACUAAUACUUCGUUGCCUGUCUAAACAACAACCACAACAACAAACACAACAACAGCAGCAGCAGCAGCCACAGCAGUAAAAAAGCAGUAAACGACGGUACCAGAAUCAGCCGUAGCAGCAGCAGCAGCAGCAGCAUCAGCAGUAGGCGCCGGCCACACAUAUUACAGCACUUUCUUAUACCACCAUCACCACAACAACAACAACAACUACUACUACUACUACUACAACAACUCCUCCUGUUGCACCAAGCAGCAAGAAGAGCAACAGCAUUCACCACCACCAGCAGCUAGAAUAUAUAAAGAUAUAAAGAAGAAGGAAAAAACACAAACAAACAAAAAAACACAUUAGAAAUACCAUCUCGUCUCUGAGGUUUAAAAAAAAGAAACAAUAAAGGAAAGUUGUUAAACCGACAAAUAACAAACACAGAAAAAGAACAAGGAAGAAAACAAAAAGAAAUUGUGAAACAGAUGUGUGAAACAAUGCGGUAGCAGCAGAUAACAUCAACAAGCAGAAGAAGAAGAACAACAACAACUGCAAAAUGCAUGAUGGCACAAGAAGAACACCAGCAACACACACAAACACAUCCAGCCAGCCAGCCCGCACCCGCAUCCGCUCCGCCGUCACCACCACCCAUGUGUGCUGUGCACCUCUGGGGGUUUGGAAAGGAAAAAACAAAACAUAGUUAUAUAACAUCGUUUCUAUAUUAAAUGGGGAAAAAAAAAUGGCGACAUUAACAACCACCAACACAACACAACUACGACGGAUUAGCCUUUUUCUCCUUCUAGAGAAACUAGAGAACCACUAUUUCGUUGAGGUUGAGGUUGUGGUCUUCUUUUUACCGUUUUUGAAGACGAUUGUCGUCGAGUGUGGAGAAAUAUCGAGAGAGAGAGAGAGAGUGUGCAAAGGGAUUCAUUUACCAUCCAACUCCAGGGAUCCAGGGAUUCAUUUACCAUCCAAGGAGCGAACGCGGCUGGAGAAGAAGAAGAAGAACAUAUAAUCCUCAGAAAAUGGAGAUCCCUUGCCGCGGGGGCAUACAAUUUGGUGCAAACACGACGAUAAUCGAUACCAUUAUUGCAUUUUUUUUUUGUUAGUUUGUUUGUUUUUUCAAACUCUAGAGCAGAAGGAUAGAGAGAGAGAAAGAGAGAGAGGAAGGAAGAACACGUUGUAUUUGAAACUGAGAAACGAGGAAGAAAAUACAAUCCCCCCACUCCGUUUUCCACAGAGAA